CUUAUGGCAACAAGUGAAGCAACCGAUGAAAGUUCAAGGAAAAGGCAUAGGCUUUUUUCAGGAAAUUGCGAUGAAUUUAGUUCGGAAAUUGAAGACAAUCAAGUAACAACAACAGAUAUUACUACAGUGACAGAUACUAGUUCACAAACCUCGAUAGUUACACAUCCAUCAAGUUCAAAAAAUAUACCACGGAGUAGACAUCAACCUCGUCCAUUCUCUGAAGUAUGGGAUUACUUCAACAAAGGAAUUGAAAAAAACAAUGGACACUAUGAGGCUACUUGUAGUUAUUGCGGGAAAAAAUGGGCACGAGGAAAAUCUACACAACUGGAAGCACAUUUAUCAAAUGACUGCGUUAGUUGUCCAGAUGAUAUAUCUCUUUAUUGGAGAGAAAAGGUUGCAGAAAGAGAUCCAAAUUAUGCUCGAAAACCCAAAAAAAACUGUGUUCUACCAAAUUCUAUAUCACAAACAACAAUGAAUUCUCAUUAUGCAUCAGACCGUCCACU